AUGUUCGACGCGGGUGUAAUUACCCAGCACCUCUCCGACGACAUCAAGCACGUCUCAUGGCUCAAAUCACCCCCAGCGUCAUAUGUCAAAGAUCUGGCCGACGCGCGACAGCGCAUAGCUUACGAAAACUGUCUCCUCUCCCCCAUCGGCCGCCUCCCCCUAGAGAUCCUGCAAUCCAUCUUCCUCGCAUGCCUUCCUGAGGGCUUCAUAGAAGCCAAUCCUAACACUGCACCACUACUCCUAUGCCAAAUAUCCUUUCCGCUUGCCGAAUUAUGGCUGGAGCGAUCCAAACCCAUGCCCUUAUCAAUUUGCUUACCGUUUGACACCGACCUGGGAUGCGAUCCGAGGCCUGAUGACGUGUGGUCGUUAAUCCGCUUAUUCUUCCAACACCUUUCACGCUGGAAAUCUGUGCACAUGUGCCUCCGCGACCUUCUUCACUAUGACUGUCUCUUACCUCUCAAGGGUGAUGUUUCUACAGGGCUUUCUCCGAUGCUUGAAAACCUCGAGCUGUACUUCCCGCCUGGUAGCGUCGUUGAUCUUCAAAUGUCCGAUCUGGGAUUCAGAGAUCUAGGUGACGUGGUACCCAUGAUCUGGACUUCCUCCCCACGGCUGCACACAUUAACGCUCAACGCGACGGCUGCGCGGUAUGUACUGCAGAUUCUUCAGACAUGUCCGAACAUCCGCGACUGCGAGUUCCACCUCAUUGAUGAUCGGGUGCUUUUGCAUCCAUACGUGCCAGAACUCACUCUUCCACAUUUGCACACGCUGAAUAUCCGAGCGCGAAACACGAUCUGGAACCUCCUUUACUUCCUCACCACCCCCUCUCUCCGAAAACUCACCAUCGAAGGGGAGAAGCAGUGGUCUCGAUAUGGCUUUCAACGUUUCAUCGACCAGUCCUCUUGCUCCAUUGAAGAAUUCUCAAUGAUCAAUGUAUUUAUCAGCCCCAGCAAACUACUCUACGCCUUGGAGCACAUCGGCACCGCCGUCAAAAUAUUACGCAUCCACAUUCAUCCCCGGCAACCUACUGUAAAGCCGAUCUCGGACGCGAUACUCCGGGCUAUCACGUCCUAUCUCCUCGUCCCGAACUUAGAGGUGCUGAAUAUGGAUUGUGAUGGUAUGGAUCCGGAGGACUAUCAACUAUUCGUGGAGAUGAUCACGUCGCGGUUGGGUUGGCAGUCGUCUUCGCAACCGGGUUUGCGUGCUGUGCACUCGCAUUCGCAUUCUGCACAAACCCUCCGAAAAAUAUGUCUGUCCGCUGACGAAGACACCGCACACAUGCACGCGGACAGCAUAAAGUGGUUCAAAUCAUUGAGGAAAUACGGGGUGGAUGUAGAGGAUGACUCUGCGUGGCGGGAUCAUAGAAUUGACACGGACCUUAGCUUAUAUACCUACUGGGUAUAA